CCCAAACCGCCAUGGCUUCUUGUGCUGGGGGGAGCCCGUCCUUCCAUGAACACCGACAUCAGUGGUCCUGGAGUCAGACUGAGCUUCUAUCUGCAGACGCUCUUCCUCAGCUGCCUCUUUGCGCGCUCAGAACAGCUCGACGAGAUAACGGGGGCGCUGUACACACUGCUCUCUACCAACACAGCCAUGGCGGUGACCGCGCUGAUCCUCGGCUUCCAGCCACACCCCGCGAUAAGCUAUCACGACGCGCUCAUCGUGCUCUAUCUCCUGACCCUCUCCGGCCUCGCCGUCUUCCUCAUCCUCCCGUCCUUCAACAAGUUCCCCGCCGCCAGCCGCACGCUGCGCUACUUCUCCGUCGUGUCCACCUACGCCAUCCUCGCGCUCAUCUUCGCCGUCCUCGUCACGGCGCCCGCCUUCGGCGCCGCGCCCGACUGCAACCACCUCGCCGUGAUCGCGCUGUUCCACCCGAUAUCCGGCCUCCGCGCGGGCCGCGUCGCCGGCCUCGUUCUCGCGGGCCUCUUCGCCCUGCUCUACACCGGCUUGUUGAUCAACGACUGGCGCGUCCAUGCGCUCACGAAUCUGCGCCGGCGGAGACAGCGCACGAUGCGGUUGCCUGUUUCGGAAGAGCCGGAUAUGGCGCCGGAGGACAGGCUCCCGCGCGAUGCCAGGCUGCCCGAAAUGCCGUCGAAGACGGUGCAGCCGCGACACAGAUUUGAGCCGGAGAUUGACUACGAGGUCCCAAUCGCGUGGGAUGUGCUCGUGCAAAUGACCGUCGUCAUCGUCCUUUGGGCGCUGGCCGUGAUGAACACCGAGCUGCUCAUCCGCUGGAGCCACUUCGCGCCGGCCGACAGCGCGUCGUGGCAGUUCGGACAGGUGCGCCGGUCGUCCCGCCUGCUUUUGCGAUGCGCUGAUGGGGCGGGCGAGGUGCUGCCCAUGUUUCUGCUUGUCCAGCCGCUGACGGCCCUCGUGAACGCGUUCCGCAAGUAUGGGAUCCGGCCCGUGAAUUGUGAGCCCGCGAAGGCGUUGCGGAAUGAGUGA